AUCCAUAUAUAUGUAUAUAUACUCUUGUAUAUACAUAUGUGUGCAUUCAAUUCAGUUUUAUUUAGUAUAGCCAAUAAUCAAAAUUACCAAUUUCCCUCAGAGAACUUUACAAUCUGUACACAUACGACCUCCCUGUCCCAGGACCUCACAUCGGAUCAGAAAAAGAAGAAAAAAAGAAACGUUCAGGAGAGCAACAGAGGAGGAUCCCUCUCCCCGGACCAUACCAGCCAAGAACACAGAGAGGCCAAACAGUUCAGGCCACUUAUUUACUUUACUUUAAAUAUGACAAACGUAAUGUGGUCUCUGUGUUCUUGGCUGGUUGAAUUCUUGUGUGGCCAGCCAAGAACACAGAGAAGUCAAACAGUACAGGUCACUUAUUUACUUUAUUUAAGUGGCAUAAAUCACAGACAUAUUAAGGCAAAGUAAAUAUGUGUAAACGCAAUGUGGUCAAUGCCCAUGGUCUAUGGACAGAUGGUAAAUAAUCACAUGUGGGUGUAAUGUUUCGAUAUUCAUACAUGUAUGACCAUGUCUGGCCUUAUUGCACAUUGUGUAUGUUUACCUCAUGAAUUCUUGUGUGGCCAGCCAAGAACACAGAUAGGUCAAACAGUUCAGGCCACUUAUUUACUUUACUUUAAAUAUGAAAAACGUAAUGUGGUCUCUGUGUUCUUGGCUGGUUGAAUUCUUGUGUGGCCAGCCAAGAACAGAGAAGUCAAACAGUAGGGGAGAGCGGGGUAAUGUGAGACACUUUUUACAUUUGCUCCCCUCUAGGCAAGCUUAAAUGAUAUAUCAGUAAAACGUACACAUUUCCCAUUAAUUCAGGAUGUUACCUCGCAAAGUACGUUAUCAGAAUGUCUUUUGGACAAAGGGCAGUGAAAAUAUGAUUGUUUCAAAAAAAGUGGUCUUGUCUCUCACUUUACCCCUAAACUGGGGUAAAGUGAGACAGACCUGCAAAAUCAAGGGGGUAAAGUCAAGUGAUCCACUUACUUUUUCCAUUUUAAAACUACCAUAACAACACAUGUUGUAAUAGUUACAAUCCUGACAGCUAGAUUGACAACCACACAUUCCAAAACUAAUAUCGGACUAGUUAUAGAAUCAUGGAGAUUAAGAUCAAUUAAGCACAUUUAUUUAAACACUUGAAAGUAACUCCGAACAAAAUCCUAUACAACAAAAUAUAAGGCAAUGAGGCAAUUCAGCCUGGCUUUCUCCUCCGGUGGCAGUUUGUCCGUCCCCUCGAGGAGAGCUUUGCUAUGAAUAUGUAACCGGCAAAGUCGCACCCAUCUUUGGGACCAGUUAAAUGCAACCACUGCGGCUUUUAGCUCCAGUUAGCCGACCCGGAAGAAGAAGAAGGAGAAGAAGAAGAAGAAGAAGAAGAAAGACGAAAGACGAUGUCCGUCGUCAUGGACAAUGUGAAACAGUUCCUGCAGGGCGCGAGGCUCGACAGCGGGACCGCGGCGCUGCUGACGGGUGCGGCGUGCGGGGCGGGAGCCGUGCUGACGCUCGUGCGACAGGUCUACCGGCAUCAGGUGGCGAAGGAGAAGGUGCAGAGAGCCAGGAACCGGAGAGCCGACAGCCUGCAGCGGGCCGAGCAGGCUGUGCUGCGGUACAAGAAGUCGCAUCCAGGGACCGACUCUGCUCUCAUCUUAGCGAUGUCUCUGUCUGAGCUGACCAACAGCCUGCAGGAAGGCUUGCUGAGCCCGGAGGAAGUGUUUUACUCUUACAUGGAAAAGACUCUGGAUGUAAACAAAGAUCUGAACUGCUGCACGGGGAUCUUGUUGGAGAGCUUUGACCAGCUGAAAUCUGUUGCUUCCAACAAGGAAGGUCUCUUGUAUGGAGUUCCAGUUAGCAUCAAAGAAAACUACGCGUACAAGGGUCACGACAUGACUUGCGGCGUCAUCGUUAAUCUGGAGCAGCCUGCCGAGAGAGACAGCGUGAUCGUGGAAGUUCUGAAGAGACAAGGAGCUAUUCCCUUCGUGAAAACCAAUGUGCCCCAAGCGCUAUUAAAUUACGACUGCAGUAACACCAUCUAUGGGCAGACCUUGAACCCCCGCAACCUCCAGAAGACCCCCGGGGGCUCGUCCGGCGGGGAGGGGGCUCUCGUCGGCGGAGGAGGCUCCGUGCUCGGCUUCGGCAGCGACGUGGGGGGCAGCAUCCGGAUUCCUGCCUCAUUCUGUGGCAUCUGCGGCUUCAAGCCGACGGCAGGUCGGCUGAGUUCCCUGGGUUUACACCCUAUUUAUAGAGGACAGAAAUCAGUGCCCUCAAGUCCCGGACCCAUGGCGAGGGAUGUGGACAGUCUGGUUCUGUCUAUGCAGGCGUUGCUCUGUGACCACAUGUUUACUCUGGAUCCCACUGUUCCACCCAUUCCUUUCAAUAAGCAGAUUUACCAGAGCUCCAAACCUCUCAGGAUCGGUUACCUAGAAUGCGACGGCUACUCACAACCCUCUCCAAGCAUGAGCCGAGGCAUCCGAGAGGUCAAAGCUCUGUUGGAGCAAGCAGGGCACACUUUGGUGCCCUACAGUCCUCUGAAGAUCAGCUACGUUUUACAUGAUCUUGUUAUCAAGGGUAUCCUAGCAGACGGAGGCACCAGCCUGAUUAAAAAACUGGAGGGGGCCCCUCUGGACCCUUGUCUCAGGCCACAGGUGAUACCGUACUAUUUUCCUAAGUGGUUGAAGAAAACCCUCUCAUUCCUCCUCAAGCCCGUGUCUCCUCGUCUCUCUGCCAGCUUCAGUUCCGCCUGUGGAGUCGGAUCUGUUGAAAAUCUGUGGAAGCAGCACGCCGCUGUCGAGGACUACAUUCAUGACACGGUGGCAGAGUGGAGAAGACUCAACAUCGACGUGCUGCUGUGCCCUGUGAUCGGACCAGCCUUCAACUUCGACUACUGCGGCAGGAUCAGCAGUGUUCUUUCUUACAUGAUACUCUACAACCUCCUCACCUUCCCCGCCGGCGUCGUUCCCGUUUCCACGGUGACGGCAGAGGAUGAGGAGGAGCUGAGGCACUAUAAGGGCAUUUAUAAGGACCACUGGGACAAGCUGUUCAAACGGGCUGUCACCGGAGGCGAGGGUCUGCCCGUGGCGGUGCAGUGUGUCGCCCUGCCGUGGCAGGAUGAGCUCUGCCUGCGCUUCAUGAAGGAGGUGGAACAGCUGGUCAAACGGAGCCGAGAGUAAAGCCUGGAGGCCACAGGUGGGAAUGCUCCCUUCAAGGGCUUCAGGAUUAAUUGGCUUUUGAAGGGUGAAAUGAGAAAAAGACGCACAUUACCUGUUAAGGGCAUUAAAACAAACUGGAAUGUGUGUUAAAGUUAUAACAAAUUAAGAUUGAAAUGUAGUUGAGUAUUUGAAAAUGUUUGUGUUGUUAUGGGCGUAACAGAUUUAAUACAUUUGGACUGAAACUGUUAACUGUUAAUAUUCAUGUUAACUCCUUUCUUUUGUUCGUUUAAUUCUUUCAUUAACAAAGUUUAAUUAACAUAUCGGUUCAUUUGUAUUGUACAUAAACUUGGGCAUGAUGAGAUGAGCGUUAUGUUUUUUGUUUUUUUCGUGAAACUCGGCAUCCUGUUGGGACAUCGGAAGGUAUGAAACAUGCCACGCCCUCGUUUUUUGUUUGUCCUCCGCUAGCUUUGUUUAAUAUUUCAUGCAAUAAAGCGUGAACACGAUUUACGUGAAGACAGAAUGUAGAUUGUCUCUUUCCAAGAACUAACGGCUUUCUGUGAUGUGAUGACCGAGAAUGAAAUAAAGUAAGUUAUUUCUCAGAGGA